AUGACUGAGACCCGCGCAGGCCGCGCGUCACCUCUGAGGCUGCUGGCAGGUUCUUCCGUUUCUCGGAGCGACGUCGCAGCGUGCUUGUCAGUUGCGUUUGCGCUGAAUCUCCCGAUUUCCCUCGUCUCAUCCUCGAAAGAUUCACAGGACCCGGCGCGAUCAGCUCCCGCGCCUGGUGCGGCCGCCUCCGGCGGACUUUCUGACGAGGAGAAGAAGGACGUUUGCGUCUUGCUCACGCCGGAAGGCCCUAUCGUCUCUGCGUACGCGAUCUGUCUGUACUUCCUCUCCCUCGUCAAGAGGGGCUGCGAGGACGAAGCGGGCAAGAGGAAAGCCGCCGCAGAGGAAAAAAGGGAAGCCGCCGUCAGCGAAACUCCCAAGAACGAGGGAAGCUACUGGAAGGCUGAGGAUGCGCUCGCGUGGGCUGCCUUCAGGCUCCGCGGCGCUCUUAGAGGCGUCAGAAAAGACAUUCUUCUGCAGGAACUGGAUUUCCUUGACGAACGCCUAGGUUCCGCAUGUUUCGCUGCCUCGACCGUAUGGCGCGUGGCGUUUGCGGCGUUGUGUUUGGUGUGCGUUUCAGCGCUGGACUCCGAGGCGUCGUCUUCGCGCGGGUCGCUGUCUGCGGUCCCCGAGAUGUGUAUUUUUUCGCUGCUUCGCUACUCGCACCCGACGAGCGCGUUUGGGGACUGGCCUGCCCUGAGCAAGUUCCUCGCCGCGGCGGGCUCUUCGGCUGCGGCGGCUGCGACGCUUUCGCAGCUGCCGCUGCCUGCGCGGGCGGGCGCGGAGCUGACGCGUCAGGCGCUGCUUCAGACGGCGUCGCCGGCGACUGGCAAGCCGCAGGCGGCGGAGAAGUUCUACGUGACGACGGCGAUCAACUACACCAACGGGCCGCCGCACAUGGGUCAUGUCUACGAGGCCGUGACGGCGGACGUGAUUGCGCGCUUCCACCGCAUCUUCGGCAGAGACGUGUACUUUCUCACCGGCACCGACGAGCACGGCCAGAAGAUCGCGAACACGGCGGAGCGCCUGGGCAAGACGCCGCAGGAGAUCUGCGACUUCUACGCGCAGGGCUUCCAGGACUUGAACAAGCAGCUGCACAUCUCGAACGACUUCUUCAUCCGCACGACGCAGGCGCAGCACAAGACGACGUGUCAGUGGCUGUGGCGGCGUGUGCAGGAGCGCGGCGACAUCUACCUGGACACUUACGUCGGCUGGUACAAUGAGCGCGAGGAGACCUUCGUCAGCGAGAGCGAAGCGCGGCUCGCGGACUACAAAGACGUCGCCUCCGGGAAACCCCUGCAGAAGAUGGAGGAGCCCUCGUACUUCUUCCGCAUGAGCAAGUACCGCAACCGUCUGCUGAAGCACAUCGAGGAACACCCCGACUUCAUUCGGCCGGAGGAAAGGCGAAAGAACAUCCUCAAGCGCCUCGAGGAACCCCUUCUCGACCUUUCCUGCAGCCGCACAACCUUCUCCUGGGGCGUGCCAGUCCCCGGCGACGAAAAACACGUCAUGUAUGUCUGGUUCGACGCGCUGACCAACUACUACUCAGCGUGCAAGAUGAACGAGGGGACGCGUCUGGAUUUCUGGCCUGCGAACGUGCACAUCAUCGGGAAGGACAUUCUCUGGUUUCACACGGUGAUUUGGCCCUGCAUGCUAAUGGCUGCGGAGUUGCCGCUUCCCAAGUGCGUGUUUGGGCACGGGUUCGUGACGGCGGCGGAUGGCGAGAAGAUGUCAAAGAGUCUAGGCAACGUAGUCGACCCGCUGGACAUCCUGAAGGAGCACGAUGCGGACAGCUUCCGCUUCUACUUGGUGCGCGAGGCGCGGUACGGGAGCGACUUGCGGUUCGACCCCGACGCGCUGACAGCGACGACUAACGCAGAGCUCGCGGACACCCUGGGGAACCUCGUUCACCGCGCGACCUCGCUCUGCGGCAAGUUCUGCGGCGGGCGGGUGCCUGCGGAGGCGCUCCCGGGUGAAGGCCACCCGCCCUUCCAAGUCGCGGAAACGGUCGCCGAGAUGGAGCGCCUGAUGAGUCAGUUUUGGCUGCGCGAGGCGCUCGAAGUCGCUAUGAACGCCUGCCGCGACGCCAACAAGUUCCUGACCGACUGGGCUCCGUGGAGUCUGUCUGACCCCGUGGAGAAGCAGCGCGUCGUGCGCGGCGCGCUGGAGGCGGUCUACGUCUUGGCACACCUGCUGGAGCCGUUCAUCCCCGUCGCGGCCGCGCAAAUCUUCAAGAAACUCAACACAGAGAGACGCACGCUCGCCUCCCUCAGCCCUUGGUAUGACAACCUCCAGCCCGGAACGCCUGUCGACGUCGGCGCCAUUCUCUUUGUGAAGAAAAAGGUGGAGAAAACUGCAGAGAUCUUCCUGCAGAAGUGCGAACUCCGCGUCGGGCAAAUAGUCAAGGCGGAGCCGCACCCGCACUGCGUCAAGGACCCCAAGAUGCCGCCCUUCCUCGUGCUCUCGAUCGCCUUCGACGCGUCAGGCGCCGUCACUCGCACCGGCGUCGUGCUUCUCUCAGAGAAGGAAAAAGACGCGCCGGCUGGCCUCGUCGGGCGGCUGGUGGUCAGCCUCGUGAACGUGAAGCCCUUCACGGUGAAGGGCGUCCUCAGUCAAGUCCUCGUUCUCGCCGCGAAGCUCGACGGCACCAACGCCGCGAGUCUGCUGACUCUCGCGGGCGAACAGCGCGGCCCGGAGCUGGUCGGCUCGCUGGUGCAAGCGCCAGGCUUUCCGCCGGUGCUGCGCGGCCGCGAAAACCUGAAACAUACAGAAAUGAAGGCCGCGGCGCUCACCAUCGACGCCGGCAAGGCAGGCCUCGUCGCCCUCGAGGGCGUCGGCGCGCUGCAGAUCGUCAGCGGCGCCGCGCCGAGCGCCCCCAAACCCGGCCUCAGCGUCGUGGUGCACCGCCCCUUCAGCCCCGGUGCGAAGCUCGCACUCGCGCUCUAG